UUCUCUCUCUCUCUCUCUCUCUCUCUCUCUCUCAUUCUUCCAUCUCUUCUUCUACAACUUCUCAAGCCCUCUCUUUUAUUUACUCAAGUCUUUGUAUUCUACAUGCACUAACCAUUUAACCAUUUUUAAGCCUCGUUUCUCGGUAGAAAAAGAUUCUCUCUGCCCCUUUUUUUUGGACGACUUUGAAUAUACACGGCUGAUCCUUUUCAAUUACCCAAACGGGAGAAUCAGUCCUGCUGUACCAGAUACUUCUUCUUCUUCUUUCUUCUUUACGAUGCCACUUGUUUGCUGCUUUUUAUGUAGUUUUUAGAAGGGAAGGAAGAAACUAUGAAGGCAAAAUUGGUGGUGUUCCCAAUCAGAGGGAGGAGUUGGUGCUUCAGCAGAUCCAUAGAUCAGGCUACUUCUCAAUCUGCCUCUGUUAAUGUCCCCUCCACGGUUACUGACCUAUGGAAGAAGAUUUCCUCUGAUUCUAAGCCCAUUAAUGCCAAUGCUGAGCUACUCGUGGAUUUCAUCUCCAACAAGAUGAAUAACGCAUGGAUGGGUCUGGAGAACGCGCCUGAGGGGACUUUGAAGAAUAAGAUUCAUGGGUUGGGAUUGCGGCUUCUGGCACGGGUUAAGCCUUCUGAGAUUUUCUUGAAAUCUAUAUCUAAGGAGGUUACUAAUGUCCAAGUUACUUACCCGUCAAGUUUAAAUGCACGGCUUGUUCGACGAAGAUUGAGGCACACUGCCAUGAGGGGAGCAAUUAUUCAUAGGAAAUAUCUUUACGGUUCUGUUUCAUUACUCCCGUUGACAUCUGCAUUGACUGUUUUACCUCUUCCUAAUGUACCAUUCUUUUGGGUCCUAUUUCGUACUUACUCACACUGGCGAGCUCUCCAGGGAAGUGAGAAGCUCGUACAGCUACUUUCACAUGAAUUACAGGCUCAAAACUCGAAAACUUCCAACGGGAAUGAGAGUGUCAAUCAGCAUGAUGACUCUGAGCACGGAAUCAACAAUUCUCAAGUUUCCAUAUGUGUGUUGCAGCCAUCAAAAGAACUUGAAAAACUGACUCGUCAUGGGGCGGAAAAUGGUGGCCUUAGCGAAUGCGCUAUUUCAAAAAUCUGCAAGACCUUUCAUCUGAACAAGAUUGAGGUUUUAAAGUACAGGGAUUCACUGUAAUUGCAACUUUUUCACUUUCAAUGUAACAUAGACAGGUUUUUUCCGGAGGAAAUGAAACAAGUUUCUACACGAAGUCACUGUGACUUUUGUUUUUGUUCAUCGUUAGGUCAUUAAACACGGAUUUUGGUAUAUGUUUAAUGAAUCAACUGUAAAGAUGGUGCUAAGCCAGUUUUUAUUUAAAAAGAAGAUGGUCCUAACCAGGUGCCAUUAGACUACACUUGGAACUGAAUAUUACUGGGAGAAACUGUGGUUGCUAUCACAUGAAGUGAAGAAACUGUAGUUGGGAUCUUCAGCCAAAGCCGGGGUUAAUACUACUGCAAAUGAAUUGUUUGUCUUGUUUUCACUACCCUACGAAGGAAAAGGAGAGUUGAGUCUUAGCCAUUCUUUGUGAUCUAUACUUGUCUGUCUUGUUGAGCACCUAGUGCCCUAAAUGUUGGAUGUUGAUAUUCAAAUACUCAAUUAAGCUAUACAAAUUUUGUCUGACUACCA